AUGGUGCAGAGUGUGCCACCUGCCGUACAGCUGGGUAGCGCUAUUGUGGCUGCCGUCGAGCAGGAUGCCGAGGAGGAAGCGGAAAUGGAGCAACGGCUGCAAAGGGCAUGGCUCCAGAGCGCCGAACAACAGCUCUGGCGCUUUAUUAACGGCGAACUAAGUGGACAGGAGCUAAGCAGAAGUGUCAAAGCCUGGCAGGAUGAGGCACGCGGCAAACAUCACAAGCACAAGAAACUGUUGAAAAUGCUUUAUCCCCUGCUUGGAGCUGCCUUACUGGCAAAGUUGGUGCUGCUGCCGCUGGUUCUAAAAGCCCUCACUGCUCUCUCCAGCUCCUCGUUUGUCAUGGGCAAAAUAGCACUUAUAACUUCGAGUUUUCUAGUGCUCAAGUGGAUCUUUUCCAGUGGGCAUGCACACGAUCGUCUCGAGAUCAUACACGCUAUGGCGCCCUCACUAAAGGCGCAUGCUACCGAGGAUAUAUACGCAAGUGGCAGUAGUUGGUGGCCGAUGCGGCAACGCUACAUACCUCUGGGACCGGGGGCCGCCGGCAAGGAUGCUGCCUAUCGCUAUCCACAACAUAACUACGAGGCGUUACAGCUGGACCGGCCGUUUUUAUAG